GCGCCGCGUUCGGCUUUGACUUCUGCGCUAUGGCUGAUAUUUCGAAGCCCAUCACAUUUUGCGAACAUCUUCAACUCUCAAGUUUGGCCAUACAGCCAAGUUCAAUUGGAUUUCAGACCUUGACCCUGGAGUCCGACCACUUCAUUUGCGUACGAGAGAAGAUUAAUGAACAAAAUCAAGUCGUCAUCAUCGACCUUGCGGACGCCAAUAAUGUCUUACGACGACCGAUAAGUGCAGACUCUGCCAUAAUGCACCCUCGCAACAAGAUUCUCGCCUUGAAGGCUGCCCGAACGCUUCAAAUUUUCAACAUUGAGACGAAGCAAAAAGUCAAGUCACACGUCAAUGCAGAAGAUGUCGUGUUUUGGAAGUGGAUCUCGGAUACCACCAUUGGUAUGGUCACCGACACGGCUGUGUACCAUUGGAGCAUCUCGGACCAGACGUCUCCGCCUCAGAAGGUAUUCGAUCGGCAUGCGACAUUGACUGGUGCCCAAAUCAUCAACUACCGUGUGACUCCGGACGAGAAAUGGCUGGUUCUCAUCGGCAUUACUGGCAACACGACAAAUCCCUCGGCUUUCAAGGUCAAGGGCGCAAUGCAGCUGUAUAGUCGUGAACGAGGCGUCAGUCAACCUAUUGAGGGGCAUGCGGCUACUUUUGCAGAGCUGAAACUUGACGGACACCAACACGUUACCAAAUUGUUUGCGUUUGCAGUCAGGACAGCGACAGGCGCCAAGCUUCAUGUCGUUGAAAUUGACCACACAGCUCCUGAUCCUCCCUUUGUGAAGAAGGCGGUAGAUGUCUACUUCCCUCCAGAGGCUACCAACGAUUUCCCGGUGGCAAUGCAAGUGUCGAAGAAACAUGGGAUCAUUUUCCUGGUCACGAAAUACGGUUUCAUUCACUUGUAUGACCUGGAUAGCGGUGCAUGUGUGUACAUGAACCGUAUCUCUGGUGACACGAUUUUCGUCACUGCCGAGCACGAACUGUCGAACGGUAUCAUUGGCGUCAACAAGAAGGGUCAGGUUCUUUCGGUUAGCGUUGACGAGCAGACCAUUAUUCCGUACAUUUUGACCACCCUCAAUAACACGGAGCUUGCUUUCAAGCUUGCCAGUCGUGCAAAUCUCCCUGGUGCUGAUGACCUUUACAUCAAGCAAUACCAGCAACUGUUCUCUAGUGGACAGUACAGCGAAGCCGCAAAAGUUGCUGCGAACUCUCCAAGGGGUAUACUCCGAACUGCACAAGUUAUCGAGUCCUUCAAACAAGCUCCGGCGCCUCCUGGUGGCUUGUCGCCGAUUUUGCAGUACUUCGGUAUUUUACUGGAGAAGGGCGAGCUGAACCACUUCGAGUCCCUCGAACUCGCGCGCCCAGUGUUGCAACAGGGAAGGAAACAACUGCUCGAAAAGUGGCUCAAGGAGAACAAGCUCACAUGCAGCGAGGAAUUGGGGGACAUUGUGCGGUUACAUGACAUGACACUGGCGCUGAGCGUCUACCUACGAGCGAACGUUCCCAAUAAGGUCAUCGCUUGCUUCGCGGAGACUGGACAAACUGAGAAGAUCGUUCUCUACUCGAAGAAAGUUGGUUACACCCCGGAUUAUAUUUCUCUUCUACAGCAUAUAAUGAGGACAAGUCCAGAGAAGGGGGCUGAGUUCGCAAGUCAGUUAGUUAAUGACGAGAACGGGCCGCUCGUGGACAUGGAAAGGGUGGUCGACAUUUUCAUGUCACAGAAUAUGAUUCAGCCUGCAACCUCGUUCCUUCUCGAUGCAUUGAAGGACAACAAACCUGAGCAAGGCCAUCUCCAGACCCGCUUGCUCGAGAUGAAUCUCGUUCAUGCUCCUCAAGUUGCCGAUGCCAUCCUCGGCAAUGAGAUGUUCACCAACUACGAUAGACCCCGAAUUGCCAAUCUUUGCGAGAAGGCAGGCCUACUCCAACGAGCAUUGGAGCACUAUGAAGACCUAGCGGACAUCAAACGCGCUAUUGUUCAUACCAGCGGUCUACAGCCGGAGUGGCUAGUGAACUACUUCAGUCGUCUAACAACAGAGCAGUCCAUGGCAUGCAUGCACGAGAUGCUGCGCGUUAACAUCCGACAGAACUUGCAGGUUGUAAUCCAGAUCGCGACCAAGUAUUCUGACAUCUUGGGUCCUGUAAAGCUCAUCGAGAUGUUUGAAUCUUUCAAGACAUUUGAAGGCCUCUACUACUACCUUGGCUCCAUCGUUAACCUUAGUGAGGAUCCCGAGGUGCACUUCAAGUACAUCCAGGCCGCUACUCGCACUGGUCAAAUUCGUGAGGUGGAGCGAAUCUGCAGAGAGAGCAACUACUACAACCCUGAGAAGGUCAAGAACUUCCUGAAGGAGGCAAAGCUCCCGGAUCAACUUCCCCUUAUCAUUGUCUGUGACCGCUUCGAUUUCGUGCACGACCUGGUUCUAUACCUAUACCAGAACGGACUCACGAAGUUCAUUGAGGUGUAUGUGCAGCGUGUUAACUCUGUCCGAACGCCUCAGGUUGUUGGGGGCUUGCUCGAUGUGGAUUGCGACGAGACAACCAUUAAGGGUUUACUUGCCUCCGUCACUGGGAAUUUCCCCAUUGAUGAGCUUGUGAAUGAGGUUGAGCAACGCAACCGUUUGAAGCUCAUUCUACCUUGGCUGGAGGCUCGGGUGCAGUCUGGCAGCCAGGACCCAGCGGUCUUCAAUGCCAUGGCCAAGAUUCUCAUCGACAGUAACAACAACCCAGAAACGUUCUUGAAGGAAAACAACUUGUAUGAGCCACUGGUUGUCGGAAAGUUCUGCGAAGCCAGGGAUCCUUACCUUGCCUAUAUCGCUUAUGCAAAGGGCUUCUGUGAUGACGAGCUUAUUGGUAUUACCAACGACAACUCGAUGUUCAAGCAGCAAGCUCGGUACCUCGUGAAACGUCGCCAGCCUGAGCUUUGGGCGCAAGUUCUUGUCCAUGACAAUAUUCACCGCAGGGCUCUCAUUGAUCAGAUCGUUGCGACUGCACUCCCAGAGUGCACGGACCCUGAUGAUGUCUCAGUAACCGUCAAGGCAUUCCUCUCGGCUGAUCUCCCAAUCGAGUUGAUCGAGCUUCUCGAGAAAGUAGUCAUCGAGCCCUCUCCGUUCAGCGACAACCGCAAUCUCCAGAACCUCCUUCUCCUGACCUCAAUCCGCGCAGACAAGGGUAAGGUCGUUGGCUACAUCAACAAGCUCCAGAACUAUGAUGCCGGAGAGAUUGCAAAGAUUGCGACCGAUCAUGGAUUGUAUGAGGAGGCCCUGACAAUCUACAAGAAAUAUGAUCAGCAUGCAAUGGCUAUCAAUGUUCUCGUCGAGCAUAUCGCUUCCAUUGACCGCGGUUUAGACUAUGCGAACAAGGCCAACAAGCCAGAAGUGUGGAGCAGGCUUGCAAAGGCUCAGCUCGAUGGUCUUCGCAUUAAGGACGCCAUUGACUCGUAUAUCAAGGCUGAGGACCCCUCCAACUUCGCUGAGGUCAUUGAAAUUUCGAGUCAUGCUGGAAAACAUGAUGAUCUUGUUCGCUUCCUCCAAAUGGCUCGCAAGACGCUUCGCGAACCUAAGAUCGACACAGAACUCGCAUAUGCAUAUGCCAAGACUGACCGUCUCCAUGACAUGGAAGAUUUCCUGGCCAUGACCAAUGUUGCUGAUAUCUUGGAAGUCGGAGAGAAGUGCUUCGAGGACGAAUUGUACCAGGCUGCCAAAUUAUUGUUCACCAGUAUCUCCAACUGGGCACGUCUUGCCACGACUCUUAUUUACCUCGGCGAGAAUCAAGCGGCUGUGGAAAGUGCCCGGAAGGCCGGAAACACUCAGGUCUGGAAGCAAGUCCAUGCUGCAUGUAUUGAGAAAGCUGAGUUCAGACUCGCACAAAUUUGUGGUUUGAACAUCGUCGUUCACGCGGAAGAAGUGGCUGCUCUGCUCCGGUCUUAUGAACGUUGUGGCUACUUCGAUGAAGUUCUGUCCUUACUUGAAGCUGCUUUGAGUUUGGAGCGAGCGCACAUGGGUAUCUUCACCGAGUUGUCGAUCCUAUACAGCAAGUACAGACCGAGCAAACUGAUGGAACACCUCAAACUUUUCGUCUCGAGAAUCAACAUCCCCAAGGUUAUCAAAGCCACUGAAAAAGCUCAUCUCUGGCCCGAGUUGGUUUUCCUAUACAUCAAAUAUGACGAGUUUGAUAAUGCGGCCUUGGCGAUGAUUGAACGUUCAGCUGAUGCUUGGGAACACAACCAGUUCAAAGACGUUGUUGUUCGGGCUGCUAAUGUCGAAAUAUAUUACAAGGCGCUCACAUUCUAUCUUCAAGAACAGCCAACACUUUUGACUGAUCUUCUCACUGUCCUCAUUCCCCGCAUUGAACACGCGCGGGUUGUCCGUAUGUUCCGUCAGAUAGAUCAUGUUCCCUUGAUUCGGGCAUAUCUUAUUGCCGUCCAGCAUCUGAAUAUUGAGACCGUGAACGAUGCAUACAACGACCUCCUCAUAGAAGAAGAAGACUAUAAAACGCUCCGGGAUUCUAUCGACAGCUUUGAUAACUUCGACAAUAUUGGUCUUGCACGGCGCUUAGAGCAGCAUGGUCUGCUGGAAUUCAGGAGACUCGCAGCACAUCUGUACAAGAAAAACUCUCGCUGGGAAGAGUCGAUAUCACUCUCAAAGCACGACCAGUUGUAUAAGGACGCUAUUAUUACUGCCGCCACCUCGGCUUCAACGGACGUCGCUGAAGAUCUGCUCUCUUACUUCGUUGAUAUCGGCAACAAGGAGUGCUUCGCUGCUAUGCUAUACGUUUGCUUCGACCUUCUUCGCCCAGAUGUUGUGGAGGAGCUGUCAUGGCAACAUGGUCUCAAUGAUUUCUACAUGCCAUACAAAAUCCAAGUAUCAAGGACUAUGCGCGAGAAGUUAGCUGCAUUGGAGAAGGAGGUCAAGGAGCGCACCAAAAAAGAAUCCGCCAAGGAGCAGCAAGAAGCUGAAGCCCCGAUUAUCAACCCUGCCACCCGUCUGCUGAUAACCAAUGGAUAUGUCGGUCAGCCGCCACCAAUGCCAAUGGCAAAUGGUAACGGCAUGGUUGGUAUGAUGCCUGCUAUGACCGGCUUUGGAUUCUGAUCGUUUUUUAUGUGGACUGUUACCCUCUACCAUAGUACAUGCUUGAGAUUUGCUGUAAUGAAUUUUCUUCAGUCGUAAAA